AUGGAAACGAAUAAACCGGUCGAUUAUUAUAAAGUACUCCACAGUGAACGAAAAGCUUCAGAUGAGGAACUGAAAAGAAAUUAUCAACGUUUAGCUUUGUUAAUUCACCCAGAUAAAGCCGGUCAUGGACACGAGGAGAAAUUUUAUCUUCUACAAAAAGCAUGGUCCAUUUUAAAAGAUCCUGUAAGUCGGAAACAUUAUGACGCGGAGCUGGCCUGUUAUGAAAACGAUCAGCUUUUGUUGUACGAUACUAUAUCUUUAACAGAAAUGGGAUAUGAUGCCUCCGAAGGUGUUUACACGUAUCAGUGCAGGUGUAAUGGAGUCUACUAUUUGAAGGCAAGUGAACUUUCUUCCAACGAAGUGAAUAUUGGUUGCAAUGAGUGCUCAUUCUCUAUUCAAGUUAAUAUUCGAAGAUGA